GGGGCGUGCCUCGGCAGCCGGACCCUCCCGUCCCUGGGAGCGGCAGUGCGGGACCCGGGCGGCGGCCGCUGGCGUCACCGCGGGGCCCAUUGAGGGGCCCGCCCCGGCCUGCAGCGCGGAUCACGUGAGCAGCAGCGGCGGCGUCAGCUGAUCGCGGCGCGGCGGCGAUGGACUUUCUCCUGGGGAACCCCUUCAGCUCGCCCGUGGGGCAGCGCAUCGAGAGAGCUACUGAUGGGUCCCUGCGGAGUGAGGACUGGGCUCUCAACAUGGAGAUCUGCGACAUCAUUAACGAGACUGAAGAAGGGCCCAAGGAUGCCUUCCGAGCCAUUAAGAAGAGAAUUGUAGGGAAUAAGAACUUCCAUGAAGUUAUGCUGGCAUUGACGGUCCUGGAGACAUGCGUCAAAAACUGUGGCCAUCGCUUCCACGUCCUUGUGUCCAGCCAGGACUUUGUAGAAGGUGUCCUGGUAAGAACAAUCCUGCCGAAGAACAAUCCACCUGCCAUAGUGCAUGACAAGGUGCUGACCCUCAUCCAGUCCUGGGCAGAUGCCUUCCGCAGCUCACCGGACUUGACUGGUGUUGUUGCUGUGUAUGAAGACCUGAGACGGAAAGGCCUGGAGUUUCCCAUGACUGAUCUGGACAUGCUGUCACCAAUCCACACACCACAGAGGACUGUGUACAGCUCUGACUCCCAGUCUGGACAGAACUCCCCUGUGGUCAACUCCCCUCAGCAGAUAGAGUCCAUCCUCCAUCCUGUCACGCUGCCCGCCGGGAGAAGCACGUCCAGUGAUGCGCCCAUCACACCCACACCAGAACAGGUUGGGAAGCUGCGCAGUGAGUUGGAAGUGGUGAAUGGGAACAUGAAGGUCAUGUCAGAGAUGUUGACGGAGCUGGUACCUACCCAGGCUGAGCCUUCUGACCUGGAGCUGCUGCAAGAGCUGAAUCGGACAUGCAGAGCCAUGCAGCUGCGUGUUCUGGAGCUGAUUCCCCGUGUUCUCCAUGAACAACUCACUGAGGAGCUGCUCCUCAUCAAUGACAACCUCAACAACAUGUUUCUACGCCAUGAAAGGUUUGAGCGCCUCCGGACAGGACAGCCAGUAAAGGCACCAAAUGAGACAGAGAGUAGCCUGAUUGACCUGGGACCCAGUACUCCUUCUGCAGUGAGGCAGCCUGAAGUCACCAACAACCUCUCUUCUCAGCUGGCUGGAAUGAACCUGGGCUCAAGCAGUGUAAGCACAGGGCUGCACUCCCUCGACACCUCUGGCAAGCUGGAAGAAGAAUUUGACAUGUUUGCCCUGACCCGUGGCAGCUCGCUGGCUGAGCAGCGCAGAGAGGUGAAGUACGAAGAUCCUCAAGCCUCCAAAGGACUGGCUGGUGCCCUGGAUGCCCGGCAGCAGAACACAGGAACGCAGGGGGAGUCUGGUGCCUCUAGUGAUGGAGCCCAGCUGACUAAGUGGAUGAUGCGGCAAGGAAUGGUGCCGGUUCCCCAAGCCAAUUUCAUGGAAGACAUAGAAAAGUGGCUCUCCACUGAUGUGGGAGAGUCAGAGGAUGCAAAAGGUGUCACUAGCGAAGAGUUUGACAAGUUCCUGGAAGAGCGAGCAAAAGUUGCGGACCGGCUGCCCACUUUGUCCAGCUCCUCGGCAGGGACAUCCGUCUCCCCUCCUGCUGCCAGACAUCAUCGGAAGCAAGCAAAGGAAGAUGAUGCUAUGUUUGCCUUGUGAAUGCUAUGGACUGGUGUGCUGUGGAGCAAGAGGCUGUGUGUGCUGUUUUGCUUGCCUCUGACCAGGGGCCAGCAGGGGAAGGACUCUGUCCCCUUCCUCCACUCUCUUCCUGUUUUCCCUUUGAGUUGUUUUUAUUUUUAAGCUGCUUUAAGAUUUCAGAUAAUCUUUAUUGUGUUUAGGGAUGCCACACAGUGUACUUGUGAAGGGGGGUUUCAAAGCUGCUAGAGAGUGUGGGAGUUCAGUGGGCUUUUCUUUUGGUACAGUGUGGGCAAAGCCGAAGAAGCUGCCCAUCCUCCUCUCCAGUGGGGUAGAUAGAGCUCUUGCCCAAGAAGCAGGAGAGGCUGAAAUCAUUCCUGCCUGCCUCUUUCCUCCCCGCAUCCGUCCACCCUCCUGCCUGACAGUGUUAGAACAGGAAAGCAUGGGGAUGCAAAGCAUUACAGGUGGCAGAGGAGGAACACUAAUGUUAGAGGGGCCCUGUCGCUCUAGUCUCUUGCACAAGUGCUUGUGGUAUGCAACACCUUCCCACUCACAACCCCUUCUCUUCCUCUCCUCCUCCUCUCCAUUAUUUUACUCAUAAUCCUGCCCACAGCCAGAAUGUUUCUAUUGCAUGACAGCCAGUUACCAAAGCCCUCGCUGCACACAGGGCUUGGGCUGCAAGCGGUACCCCAGGCUGUCAGCUGUCUGAAGGGCUGUCUGCUGUGGAGUAGGAUGUGCCUUCAGCAAACUCUUUGCAGUUAAUUUAAUUCCCCCAUUAUUAUACUUUUCUCCCUUCUUUCCGCAGUGAGACCCCACCUCCCUCUCUCACAUCCACUGAUGCCUUCCACCACAUCAUGCUAUGGUGUGGGGCGUCUCACUGAGCCUCUGAUCUGGCCAGUGCUAUAGACUCCCUUAGGGUAGCUGUGUGUGCUGCUCCCUAAAGCAGGAGGCCCUUCCAUCAACACUGUUACUCCACAUUGUUGCUGGGAUCACUUGUCCAGCUGGUGGGCACAGAGGUGAAGUGAGACAUCAGUCAUCUCAUGCCAGCAAAGCAGCCCUGCAGCAGCCGGGAGCUCCUUUGCUCGUGGGGAGGAGAACCUUUCUGAGUAACCACACAUGCUGCCCCAUGAUAAAGGCAGCCAGGGAGGAGGAUGCCAGGCGCAGGGCUCCUGCUUGUGGGGUUUCUUGUCAAGCUCAGGAGGGUUGCCUUUUUUAUUGCACAUUAAAGGAGCAAAGUCUUGAGCCUCCCUUGGA